AUGGGUGACUAUUCUCAAUGUAUUCAGUACAAAUACAAAAACGAUUUUUGCAUCAAAUGUCUCCAAAAAGACGAAGAUAAGAAAUCAUUACAGCAACAGUUGCCACGCAUCGCCGCACUAGCAACAGGAGGCACGAUCGCAGGUGAAACAGAUCCUACUGAAUUGACGGGACCCUAUCGAUCAGGCGUACUCAGCAUAGAGCAAUUGUUAGCAGCAGUACCAAUGCUUUCAAAAGUGGCUCGUAUUCGUGCUGAACAAGUAGCAAACAUCGAUAGUAAAGAUAUGACAAAUGAUCUGUGGGGAAAACUCGUUAUUCAUGUCAACGAACUACUCGCAAGCCCUGAAGUCGACGGUAUUGUUAUCACACACGGCACAGAUACAUUGGAAGAAACUGCAUACUUCUUGAAUCUACUCGUGAAAAGCAAGAAGCCAGUUGUGUUGACUGCAGCAAUGCGACCAGCAACUGCUGUAUCUGCUGAUGGUCCCCUCAAUCUGUUGGAAGCAGUAGUUGUUGCAGGAAGUAAAGCAUCAGAAGAACAAGGCGUACUGGUCGUAAUGAAUGAUGAGAUUUUCAGUGCGCAUGAUGUAACUAAAAUGAACACUUAUUCUGUCGGCUCGUUUCAGGCAAGUGAAUUUGGAGCUCUGGGCUGGAUUCAUGAAAAUCAAGUGCAUUUCGAGCGUAGUCUCGUUGGAACACAUUUUAAUACCACUCAUAGUCGAUUUUCUAUCGAAAAAAUGUGCAAAUUGCCUCAAGUCGAAAUCGCGAUGAGCUACGCAGAAGCAUCACGUACAUCAAUCGAUGCUUUUGUCGCAAACGGUGCUAAAGGAAUCGUGAUCGUAGGCACCGGUGAUGGCACACUUCAUAAGGUGCUACAACAGGCAGCAAUAGAUGCGGUAAGACAAGGUGUAGCAAUUGUACGCUCAUAUCGUGUAAGUUAUGGUCAUGUGUCACACGAGAAACUCGACGAUGAAGCCGAUUUUCUCACUGCUGGCACCCUUAAUGCAUGGAAGGCACGUGUACUUCUGAUGUUGAUACUUGCAGAAGGUAUCAAUGAUCAUGCUGAACGGCAAUAUAUCUUUGAUCAUUACUAG